ACAGUCAGUGGGAGCGUCCCAGAGGAGCCAGUGGUCUCAAAGGUGUCCGGACACCUCUACGAGAAGCGCCUGGUGCUGAAGAUCAUUCAGGAGACGGGACGCGACCCAGUCACAGACGAACCCCUCGCCGCUGGCGACCUGGUGACCCUCCAAGUGGGCAAGGCCAUCAACCCCCGUCCCACCCCCGCCACAUCCAUCCCCGGCCUCCUCUCCCUCUUCCAAAAUGAGUGGGACGUAACGGUGCUGGAGCUGCACCAGCUGCGCACCUCGCUGCACAAGACACGGCAGGAGCUGUCGCACGCGCUGUACCAGCACGACGCGGCGACGCGCCUGUCGCGGGGUCGCAAGAAGCGGGUCGUGCCGCCGAGCACCGCCACCCCGGAGGAGGUGGGGCGGCUGGCCCUGGCCCACACCCUGCCCCUGCACAAGACGAGGAAGGGCGGCAUCCUGGCCAUCGACCUGGCCCCGGGCAGCGGCGACCUGGCGGCCACCGCGGGCGCCGACGGCUGCGUGCAGGUGUACGACGUGGCGGGAGCGCGCAGCGUGGCGGAGCUGGCGGGGCACUCCAAGCGCGUGAACGACGUGCGCUUCCUGGGCAGCGCCGACCUGCUGGCCUCCGCCUCCGCGGACCGCACGGUGCGCCUGUGGCGCCGCGGCGAGGCCGAGGGCGACUACGCGGCCGCCGCCACGCUGGCCGACCAGGCGGGCGAGGUCGUGGCCCUGGUGGUGCACCCCUCCAACGACUACCUGGUUGCGGCGGCCGCCGAUGGGACCUGGGCCUUCUACGACGUCGCCCAGGCCCUGUGCCUGACCAAGGUGGCCGACGAGGGGGCCGCCUACUCCGCGGCGGCCCUCCACCCCGACGGCCUCAUCCUGAGCACGGGGACGCAGGGCGCGGCGGUGAAGAUCUGGGAAACGCGCACGCAGAAGAAUGUGGCCAACUUCGAGGGGCACACUGGCCGCAUCAACUCGCUGUCUUUCUCCGAGAACGGCUACUACAUGGCAUCCGCCGCCACAGACGGCGUCCGGAUCUGGGACCUCCGCAAGCUCAAGACCAUCAGGACUCUGAAUCUCUUCUCUGAGGGAACCCCAACCACCGCCGUCGCGUUCGACUACUCUGGCCUCUUCCUCGGGGUCGGAGGGUCCGAUGUGCGGGUGGUGGGAGCUAAGCAGGACUGGGCUGAGCUGGCGACACUCACCGGCUUCCCCAAGAAGGGCGUGUCCUCACUGCGAUUCGGAACAGACGCCAAGCGUCUGCUGGUGGGCGCCUCAGACCACAACCUGCGUGUGUUUGAUGUGUGA